AUGGCGGCCCAGACUCCUGUGCCAGCGUCUUCAGCGCCUUUACCCGCUAAAGAGAUGAAGGUCCUCUCGUUGGGAAUGACACGGACUGGCUCUGCUUCGAUCACUAAAGCUCUCACAAUAUUGGGCUUUCAGGGAGUCCACCACGGCAUCCAGGCCAUCUCUUCGCCCCGCGAAUGGGCGCUGUUUUCUCGCGCCGCGGACGCCGUGUUUCCCACACUUGCAACUCAUAACGGCGCACCCUUUACACGCAAUGACUGGGAAGCACUAUUCGGCUCCUACGAAGCAGUCACUGAUAUGGGCAGCUUCUUCGCCCUACAACUCAUUGAGACGUAUCCAGAGGCUAAGGUCAUCCUCGUUGAACGCGACGUCGACAGCUGGUUUCAUAGCAUGGAUGAAGCCAUCUUCAAGACUACCUGGGGCUUGCGCGCGAACCUGAUCAUUGAUUUUCUGGGGCCGGCAUGGGGCUUGAACGGCGGGAGGACUCUUAGGAAGAUCCUGCUGGGAUUCUACGGCGUCCGAAACGUAAAGGAGAUGAGACAAGUCGCCAAAGAUCGUUACAGGAAGCACUAUGCAGAGGUCCGGGCCGCGGUCCCCAAGGACCGGCUGUUGGAAUUCAAGUUGGAGGAUGGUUGGGCGCCGUUGUGCGAAUUUCUGGGUAAGGACGUCCCGAGCGGCGUCGAUUUUCCCGUGGCGAACCAGAGAAGAGAGCACCUUGAGCGCGUGCGAACGAGGCAGAAUCGGUUCUUCAAGCUCGCUUUCUUCACUGGCUUGCGGAAGGUUAUGCCCUGGGCAUUUGGUCUUGGGUUCGUUGCAGCAGGUGUGUACUUUGGUAAGCCGACUUGGAAGCCAACUCGGUUGGGAUGGGACGAACUGCAUCGGGUCUUCCAGACAAUUCUGAAAGACCUUGAGCUUCGGCUGAAGUAG